GGAUGUGACGUAAAACCAUGAUCGCUUCUGCCUGGCGCGAAAGUGGUACUGUGGAUUCAAAGGCAAAUCAAAUAGUUUGUCCCAAUGUUAUUUUCGUAAAUAACGGUUAUUGAAAUUGGCCGUCAUGACGGUGGUUUGUUGUGCCAUCGGAUGUAAAAAUCGCGUCGGAACGGAAGGGGUUCGCUUCCAUCGUAUACCGCAGGAUUUAGACCGUCGACAAAAGUGGCUAGUUGCUUUGCGGAGGGGGGAUUCUUGGUCUCCCACAAAGGACACAAGGCUGUGCAGUGCCCAUUUCGUGUCUGGGAAAAGUGAUAAUCCCCUGAGUCCAGACUAUGUGCCAUCUCUCUUUGCCCACCUCACACCCAAUCAGACGAACAAAUGUCUCUACAACUUGGAGAAGUUUGAAAUCAGACAGCUGAUGAAGAGGAAAAGGACGAAGGCCCAGGACCUGGCAGGGGCAAAGGGCGGUGUCACGCAGACGCCGAUGAGCAAGGCAUCAGAGACGAGCCCCUGCCCACAGCAGGCAGGGGACAAACAGCUGGAAUUGUUCAACACAUAUCUGACUGAACGGUUAAUGGCAGCGGCGGUUGAGAUCACCUCUGCAGUAGAGAGAACAGUAACCAACUACCAGGAGGAAAUCUCCCGUAUCAAAGAGGAGAACGAACGGCUGCGGCGGCUGCUGGAGUUCAAACCAUAUGAACAGUUACAUGAAACAGACCACCAACAGCUCCCUCUCCUGGCGGAUAAAGGAGCUCCUCCAGAGAAGCGUCACUGCCAGCAGGAGUGGCGCCCCAGUCUGGAGCCGGAGCCCAAACAGAUUAAAGAGGAACCAGAGGAGAUAUGUGGGACAAUUCUGGAGGGCAACCUGGUGUCUGAUAACAAAGACAUCCUAACUGUGUGUGUGUCGAGUGACUGUGAGGGUUUGGAAACACCUCAGUCCCCACAGCAUGAAACACAAACUGUAGAGAGUAGAGAUUUACUAUUCAGUAACAUACCUGGAGAUAUUCAGCCAGAGCCUAAGGUUGGGGAAGAUUACAUAGUCUACAUAAUAUCAGAACCAAGCAGUCCUGCAGCUCAGAGUGAAUGCAGUGACAUCAGUGUGGAGAUACCGGUUUCAACAGGGUCAAACCCACGGAAAUCUCAAGGAAAACAAAGGGAGAAACCACUAACUGUUGAAGAUAGUCAUCCUUAUUGCUGCAACUUGUGUGAGAGGACAUUUAUAGACCUGCUUCUUUUAGUUAACCACCAGAAAACAAUACAUGCUAAAGAAAGCUCUUCUGGUGUGUGUGAAGAAGUGUUGGACUCCAAAUAUAAGCUGCCAGUCCAUUUGGAAACUCACACUACAGUGAAAGCUAGUACCCAAUGGCAAGUCCACACUGUACCAAAACCUAGUCCUUACCAGCAAACGCUCAGCACAGAAAGGCCUGUUUCUCGACUACAAUCUGCAGCCAAACAUACUUGUCAAGUUUGUGGCAUGUCUUUCCCUUACAAUCAUAAUCUGAAACUUCACAUGCGCACUCACACAGGUGAGAAACCUUUCAAAUGCAAGGUGUGUGGGAAAUGCUACCCAUACAAAGGGUAUAUGAAUGUACACAUGAGGCUUCACACUGGAGAGAAGCCAUUUCAGUGCAUAGAAUGUGGGAAGGGCUUCCCGUCUAAGCAAUAUCUGUCCAAUCAUAUGAUGUUCCACACAGGGGAGAAAUCCUAUCGCUGUAAGGACUGUGGGAAAGGCUUUUGCCAGAAAGAAGAUCUGGAUAAGCACCUGCCAACGCACCUACAGGAGAAACCAUAUGGUUGCUUAGACUGUGGGAAAUGCUUCAAAGACGUUCAUCAUCUGUCUAGACAUAAAUUAGUUCACACAGGUGAGAGACCUUUCACAUGCACUGUGUGUGGACGAGGCUUCAGCAUCCAAAGUAACCUGAAAGUACACCAACGUAUUCAUACUGGAGAGAAACCAUAUCGGUGCAAACUGUGUGACAGACGUUUUACUAGUGAUAAAGGUCGUAAAUAUCACUUAAACGCUCGCCACAAACAUGACUUUGCCCUUUGAUUUUUAUAUCUGUCAGAAGAUUACAAAACAACUUUGUGACCUCAUUUUAUGUAGACUGUUUAUUUUUUGCUGAUGGUGCAGUAGGACACAUCUAUAAGAUGUGGUAUGCACGGAAAUCUGUUUACAUUCCAAAAACAAACGUUAAUUCUAAAGGCUCCUCAAUUCAUUAGUUGGUUAGUUGAUGUUUCUUCUAGUUUCCAAUGGCAGAUUUGAGAUGAGAAUACAUGUUUUUAGCGGGAGCCACAGGUUAUUUACUAAUCCCACUUUGAGUUGAGUUCUGGUGAUCAGGGAGUCUGAUGAAUUUGCUGUCACAGAUAGGCCAGAACUCCAAAAAGGUUAUCUAAUGCAUUUUUAAUAUUAAGUCUCUUUAAAACUCCUUUUGUUUAUUAUACCGAUCUAAGAGUUGUUUCACUGCCCAAAAGAAAGGUCAUAGUAAACAAACUGCUCAUUCCUCUACAAAACUAGCCACAUUAUUAUAACAAAAUGCACUCAAAACUUUUUCCUCAAAAAUAAAUUUCAUUCUAA